CUGCGCGAGUGGUUUGCUCGCCGCUGGAGUCGUGCUGCUGGAGCUGGUGGUGCUAAGGGCGCUGGAGGUCCUGCUACUGCUGGAGCUGCUGGGGGUUCUGGAGCCACUGGUCCCGGAGGUGCUCGUACUGGAGGUACUGGAGCUGCUGGGCCUGGUGGUGCUGCUGGAGCUGGAGCUUCUGGAGCUGCUGGGGCUUCUGGUGGUCCUGCUGGAGCUGGAGCUGCUGGAGGUGCUGGAGCUGGAGGUACUGCUGGGGCCGGUGCUCCUGGGGGUGCUGGAGUUGGCGCUACUGGAGCUGCUGGAGGUGCUGCUGGAGCUAGUGGUGCUGCAGGAGUUGGAGUUGGCGCUACUGGAGCUGCUGGGACCUCUGGUGGUCCUACCGGAGCUGGUGCUGCUGGAGGUACUAGAGCUGUCGGUGCUCCUAUAGCUGGUGCUCCUGCGGGUGCUGGAGUUGGCGCUGCUGGCGCUGCUGGUGGUGCUGCAGGAGUUGGAGCUGACGCUAGGGGUACUGGUGCUGUCUCUGCUGGUUCUGGGGGCGCUACACGGCCACGGCCGUACUUCGUUCCGCUCCUUCAGCAGGUUCUUGGUCUUCCACCUGCUACUGGUCCUGCUCCCUCUUUAGAGUGUCCUCUGCCUGUCCAGUCGCAGUCACAGUUACAGCCAGCCUCGCCACUCCCUGGUCCUUCUCCCUACACUGGUCCGAACGGAGGUCUUACGGAGCGUCGUGAUCCUGAGUCUCGUCCUGCGUCGCCUGUUCGUGCUGCUCGCACAGGCCGUCGUGUUCCGCGUCAGCGUCCUCCUGCUGUCCCAGGCACGCACCAGAUGGCACUUCGUCCUUCCACUGCUCCACAGCGUGUCCCUCUGCCGUCUCCUCCUGCGUCCUCUCUUCCUGACAUUGCUGACCCGCCGUCAGACCUUGCUCGCGCUGCCAGUCCUACUGUGACGCGUCUUCUCUCUACUGCUGUCACUGACCCUUCCUUUGAGCAGGAGGAGUUCCAGUGUUUUGCUGCUGCUUUACCUCAUCUCGUGUCCAUGCUGCUUGCCCCUGAGGGAGACCCGGAUGCACCAGACAUCCCGACCCCACGCUCUUACGCAGAGGCGAUAGAGGGUCCCUACUCCUCUCAGUGGCAGACAGCCAUGGACGCAGAGAUGGCUUCCUGGAAGUCCACAGGCACCUACGUCGACGAGGUUCCCCCACCUGGGGCGAACAUCGUUAGCGGCAUGUGGAUUUUCAGGGUGAAGCGGCCGCCAGGUUCUCCGCCUGUCUUCAAGGCGCGCUACGUGGCUCGAGGCUUCAGUCAGCGGCAGGGAGUUGACUACUUUCAGACCUUCUCUCCCACCCCGAAGAUGACCACUCUUUGGGUGCUGCUGCACGUCGCCGCUCAGCGUGACUACGAGCUUCACUCUCUUGACUUCAGCACAGCCUUCCUACAGGGCAGCCUGCACGAGGAGAUCUGGCUGCGCCGCCCACCUGGCUUCACUGGGUCGUUUCAUCCUGGUACCCAGUGGAGCCUCCGGCGGCCAGUCUACGGUCUCCGUCAGGCGCCCCGUGAGUGGCACGACACACUGAGGACUACGCUUGCGGCUCUUAGGUUUGCUCCUUCCACUGCUGACCCGUCGUUGUUUCUCCGCACCGACACUACCCUGCCGCCGUUCUACAACCCCGUGUACGUCGACGACUUGGUCUUUGCUACUUGCUGA